GGCGGAGGCUGGGCGGGGUGGGAAUGGGGCUCCCGCGGCCGGCCAGGGGGGAAGCGCAGGAGGCGGCGGUCGUGGCGGCCGCGUGAGUGCGAGGAGGCGGCGGCUGCAGCGGAGCCGACGGUCGCUGGGCGGCAGGCACUGGUGUGACAGAUGGAUAGGUAACAGAGGAGACCGCGUCCCUUUCUCGUCAGGGCGUCAGCAUGACCGAGUGCUUCCUGCCCCCCACCAGCAGCCCCAGUGAACACCGCAGGGCAGAGCAUGGCAGCGGGCUGACUCGAACCCCCAGCUCUGAGGAGAUCAGUCCUACAAAAUUUCCUGGAUUGUACCGGACGGGUGAGCCCUCGCCUCCUCAUGACAUCCUCCAUGAGCCUCCUGAUAUAGUGUCAGAUGAUGAGAAAGACCAUGGGAAGAAAAAAGGAAAAUUUAAGAAAAAGGAAAAAAGGACUGAAGGCUAUGCUGCCUUCCAGGAAGAUAGCUCUGGAGAUGAAGCCGAAAGUCCAUCCAAGAUGAAGAGGUCCAAGGGAAUCCAUGUGUUCAAGAAGCCCAGCUUCUCUAAAAAGAAGGAGAAGGAUUUUAAAAUCAAAGAAAAACCCAAAGAAGAAAAGCAUAAAGAAGAAAAGCACAAAGAAAAGAAAUCUAAAGACUUGACAGCAGCUGAUGUUGUUAAACAGUGGAAGGAAAAGAAGAAAAAGAAAAAGCCAAUUCAGGAGCCAGAGGUACCUCAGGUUGACGUUCCAAGUCUCAGACCCAUUUUUGGCGUUCCCUUGGCUGACGCGGUAGAGAGGACCAUGAUGUACGAUGGUGUGCGCUUGCCAGCCGUCUUCCGUGAGUGCAUAGAUUACAUGGAGAAGCACGGCAUGAAGUGCGAAGGCAUCUACAGAGUUUCAGGAAUCAAAUCAAAGGUAGAUGAGCUAAAAGCGGCCUAUGACCGAGAGGAGUCUCCAAACUUGGAAGAAUAUGAGCCUAACACUGUAGCCAGUUUGCUGAAGCAGUAUUUGCGAGACCUUCCAGAGAAUUUGCUUACCAAAGAGCUUAUGCCCCGAUUUGAAGAGGCUUGUGGGAGGACCACAGAGAUGGAGAAAGUACAGGAAUUCCAGCGCUUGCUCAAGGAACUGCCAGAAUGUAACCACCUUCUGAUUUCCUGGCUCAUUGUGCACAUGGACCACGUCAUUGCAAAGGAGCUAGAGACGAAAAUGAAUAUCCAGAACAUCUCCAUAGUACUUAGCCCAACCGUCCAGAUCAGCAACCGUGUCCUGUACGUGCUUUUCACACAUGUGCAAGAGCUCUUUGGCACCGUGGUCCUAAAGCAGGUGACAAGACCGCUGCGCUGGUCCAACAUGGCCACAAUGCCCACACUGCCGGAGACCCCGGCAGGCAUCAAGGAGGAGAUCAGGAGACAGGAGUUUCUUUUGAAUUGUUUACAUCGAGAUCUGCAGGGUGGGAUAAAGGACUUAUCUAAAGAAGAAAGAUUAUGGGAAGUACAAAGGAUUCUGACUGCCCUCAAGAGAAAACUGAGGGAAGCUAAAAGACAAGAGUGUGAAACCAAGAUUGCACAGGAGAUAGCCAGUCUUUCGAAAGAGGACGUUUCCAAAGAAGAAAUGAAUGAAAAUGAGGAAGUUAUAAAUAUCCUCCUUGCCCAGGAGAACGAGAUCUUGACCGAGCAGGAGGAGCUCCUGGCCAUGGAGCAGUUUCUGCGGCGUCAGAUCGCUUCAGAGAAGGAAGAGAUUGAGCGCCUCCGAGCUGAGAUUGCAGAGAUCCAGAGUCGCCAGCAGCACGGCCGGAGCGAGACGGAGGAGUGCUCCUCAGCGAGCGAGAGUGAGAGCGAGGACGAGGAGGAGCUGCAGACCAUCCUGGAGGACUUGCAGAGACAGAACGAAGAGCUAGAAAUAAAGAACAACCACCUGAACCAGGCAGUCCAUGAGGAGCGGGAAGCCAUCAUUGAGCUGCGUGUGCAGCUCCGACUGCUCCAGAUGCAGCGAGCCAAGUCUGAGCAGCAGCUGCAGGAGGACGAGGAGCCUGAGAGGCGAGGGGGCAUAGGCCCGCCGCCCUAUGAUGGUGUCCUCGAGGUCAAAGCAGCUAAGGAGCAGGUGAAGCCCUCCCCCAGCAAAGACCGGAAGGAGACGCCCAUCUGAACUGCCUGCCAGGCCCUGUGCGUCUUACUGUAAGCGAGUCAGCGGACUCUGCUGCUGUACAUGCUGUAGAGGUUCUCAGAGAUGCUUCCUCUUGCACACGUCUGACUCCUCGUCAGGCUCAGGUCCUGGGAGGGUGAAGCAGUGGACACACCAGAGGCUUACAGGGAACACAUGAGUUUCCAGAUAGUGUCAGCUCAUUUGAAAAUUAAUUUUCUUUGUUAAAAAUAACUAUUUUAACCCUUGAGUGGCUUCUUUUUAAACCAAAAAUCGUCUUUCUUUGCUUUUUUUUUUUUUUUUUUUUUUUUUUUUUUUUUUUAUCUUUUAUCACAGCAGAAUCAGGAUCUCUUAUCAAAGGGUGGGAACCAAACCAGGUCACUUCUGCACCUGCCUUGUGGACGCUUGUGGUCUCGCCAGCCCCACAGGGUCUCUGGCCACUCUUGCUUGUGCCUUCCACACCUUUUGGUGCAGAUUGUUCAGUGGGGAGCUGCCUCAUAUUUUCUGACUGGCCAAAAAGGCUCUCGCUGGGUGUUCCUUCCCUGCCCUGUACCACUUUGCUUUUACAGUUACAAAUCGAGUCCGUCAGUGUGAGUUAUCAGGAUGGCUGAGUCUGGUGGCAGAUAGAAGUUCUGUAUGCGUGGAGCCUGCCACCAGACUCGGCAGUGCAGGCCCAGUCACUCACUGCCAGGGAUCAGCAAAGGCCUUUUCACUGAGGUGGUCAGAGGUGACCACCUUGACCCUGAGACAUUAACACAAAGGAUGCGUCUCAAGCCAGAAACCUUUUACAUAACUGACCUUCCAGGAAAACCAGACGAUUUCAGUUGCUUGCUUGGGCUAGGAUGUGCUCACUUCUGCCAGGGUAAGCUAGGUGGAUGCUGUCAUGCAGAAGCUCUUCCUCAUUCACGUCCUCUCCAGGAGCUACUCAGGACUCCUCUGACAGCACUGAGCAGAGGAAAACGUGACAGCUGCAGUUGAUCCCACCUGAUUUUGCUUCUAGAUCAGGUGAACUGCUCCGAGGUGUCUGGGAGGCCUGACUCUGGGCAGCCAGCCAGAUUGGCCCCCUUGGGAGGUCCCCUGAGGCCCUGAAGACAAACUCCACACACUAAAGUGAGAAACAGACCCACACGAGGGCUCUAGUCUCCCCUCCUAGUUAGUAUUUAUUUCAGCACCUGUUUAAUGCAAUUUUUUUUAGCCUCUACCUAUUGCACUGUUGUGACUUGUUGGCCAUUAUUUGAUUUUUGUACGAAAAAAAAGCUUUGUUAUAGAAAUCAGCAUACUAUUUUUUUAAAUCUGGAGAGAAGAUAUUAUGGUGACUGGAAAUAUGGUCAGGUGUCAAAUAUAAAUGUAUAAAUGCCUUGCUGUGUCCUGUCAGACAUACUACAUUCAUUUUAUAUUUGCUGGCAUAUUGAAGACUUCUUUUUGUUUGUGUAAACUCUAAUUUCUAUCAAGGUAUCAUGGGUUUUUAAAAUUAGUAUUUCAUUACAAAUGUCUCAAUGUUGGUUAACUAACUUUUGCCAGGAUCGAUAUUGAUCAAGGAAAUAAAUUCAACAGCCAUUUGAAAAGAAAA